UGGUGGUGGUGGUGGUGCUGAAGAGGAUCCAGGCUGUGAACUGCCCGCCGCCUCCUCCUCCUUCUCCUCCUCAGCUUGAUCUUGAGUCUAUAGAAGUACAAAAUAUAUCAUUAACUCUAAACUCAAACACAACAUUCUUUGUUAAUAAAAUAUUUUCAUUGGUGAGAUGGCGAGGAUUGUGGAUCCAACUGUAUUUGACUGAGGACAGAUGUAGGUUGCUAGUGAAAGAAGAUUGGCUUUCAGUCUUGUACAGUUUAUUUCUAAAGUAUGUUUGAUUAAAAGUGUUUCAAUAGACCCGGUGAAUAGGUAGAAACGACAGCAAACAUCUCGACAACAUUAAUAAUUUUACAAAGCCGACAAAAAAGAUACUUGCAUCAAAGUUGGAAGAGGUGUUUCGGUGUCUGAUGUGCACCUUCAGCCACGCCAUUUGUGUCAAGAUGGUAUGUUCUGGGCCCCCAGCAGCAUCCCCACUCUUCUUGGACUUGCCCUUGUUAUGGGCUCGGACAAAUCUGUCCCUGGCAAGAUUCCAUUUAUUCUGCACAGUUUUCACAUGCAGUUCCACAGCAAGCGCUAUUUCCUCCCAUCUUUGUUUGUCGCGAUGACCCGGCACGGUAGAAUCAAACGGGUGGAUAUACCCCCUCACCAACACGCAGAUCCUCUCCUCCAAAUUUUCCGCCAUUUUUAGAUGUCCCGUUCUCUCUUCUUUGUUUGGUUUAUAUUCGCGAAUGGUCUGACUUCUGACUCUAUACUGCCGCCUCAUUUUCCGGUGGUAUUGCUCCGUUUCUCCCGGAGCACUCCGGAUUCGUAAGCUCAGAGGCGACGGGCCCAUUGACGGAUGAAACGCCUCCGGGACCGGACGAAACGGUCCGUAGCCGUAUUUACCCUAGGGUGUGAAUCAGAGUUCCCGUUGUCCGGUAAUUACUGGUCUUUGACCGGAAAAAAAUGAGGAGGACCGAAAAUUCUAAAUGUCUCCGGUCAGAAUGACCAAUUGGAAAUAAGGCCCCGUCCACAAGGAGCUGAAACAGGCGAAAACGAUCCGGUUUCGUUUAAUGCGGAAUAUUCAAGGCGCUGGUUCUCCACAGAAAAAAGUGGAGGAGAUUCAACCUUCUAAAUUGAGCAGGAAUACUUUUGAAUGUGUUCAUUUGAAUUGUGUUUAAAUAUGCUACAGUAGUCAUUUGUUUAGCCAAUUCAUUUAAAACAAUGAGGGUUUUGAUUGUAGUGUUGCCUGUGUGAUAAAAUAAAUAAGUUGUUACAUUUCGUGCACUCGCUCAAAUUGAUCGCUAUAGACUACCGUAGGUUUAUGAACUAAACGGCGGCAAGCUAAAGAAGGCCGGCGGCAAGCUUUGCGGAGUACCGGUAUUUAACAACCAUGGCGAAUCAAAAUAUGAUCACACACUUUUUUUCCAAUUUGACCGGUAAAAUGAAACCUUCCGGGUCACAAACAUGACCGGCACCAAUUUCUGGUGUGAAUGGGCCUUAACUGGUGUGAAUGGGCCUUAACGCCACGAGGAUUAGAGUAAACUAAGGCUCGAUCCCAAUACUUUGAUCGUUUCAAAAUCUCAGCCCUACCCCUCGCUGUGGCGUGUUCACGCACCGUGGAGCCAUGUCCCAAAACCAGUUUGAAGGUAGCAUAAGGGCUAAGGGGGAGGGCUAACAUCCCCUCCUUAUCGAGAUUUUCAAUGGGCACACUCAAAGCGCUUCAGUUCUGAUUUGCUCCCACAAUACCUUGCGAGAAAACGGAAAAUCAAGAAAUAUCCUAGACAAGAUGGAGGGCGAAAAGAUGGGACAGGAUUGGAAAAAUACAGAUGCAAGUGUUUUCUCUGUAAUUAAAUAUUAAUUAUUUUAUUAAUUAUACUCUGCAGCCCGGCCGCGGCCUGCGGUCGGGGAGCUGCCGGGCUCCCCGGCCGCGGGGUUCAGUGUUUCUCAUUUAAAUAUAGUGUUUCUUCUAAAGUGUUCUUGUUCUUAACCGAUUUUUACCUAAUACCACCUUUAACAUGUAGCUAAGUGACAUUCAAAAUAAAGGUAUAUUAACUUCCAACUUCCAAAUCUAUAUAUGUUCAAUAGUGGACUCUGAAUAUCGACAUACAUUCAAUGGUGAGAAAAAAUACAACUUCCAACUUCCAAAUCUAUAUAUGUUCAACGGUGAGUUUGUCAGUGUCACCCAGAUUCAGCCAGAACUUACACUGCCCAAUUUGGAAUUUUUGUCAGUGUCACCAUUGAACAUAUUUCGAUUUGGAAGUUGGAAUUUGUCAGUGUCGCCAUUGAACAUGUGUCGAUUUGGAAGUUGGAAGUAUGACCAUUGAACAUGUGUGGAUUUGGAAGUUAGAAGUUGGAAUUUGUCAGUAUCACCCAGAUUCAGCCAGACCUUACACUGCCCAAUUUGGAAUUUUUGUCAGAGUAUCACCAUUGAACAUAUGUAGAUUUGGAAGUUGGAACCUUCCCAAUUCCGACUUUCGACUUCCAAAUCUACACAUGUUGAAUGGUGACACUAAGUCUUUAACAAACGAAUAAACUAAACUAUAAAGAAAUUAUAAAUAAACUACAAGUAUUUAUAAUUUGUCAAAAUCAAAACAUGGUGACAAACACACCAACAUCUACAGGGUUUUAAGUAUAUUCUAUGUAUAAUAUGUGUUGAGAUUAAUUUGACCAUUACUUUUCCUAAUUAAAAAUGUCACUUGAUCAGUAAACAAGACGAUAAGACGGUCAACAAUCAAACAUUUAUUUAUUAAUACUAUGACAAUGGAACAUUUAGCGAACAACAACCAUCUCCUGGCUCCUUCUUUUGUUAAAAAGGCAACAUUGGACCAUUUAGAUAUGCCUUAAAUGCUCCGUGUAUGUGGGUGACAAACUGUGGAGGUCCUCUUCCCAGAAGAACAAAUUUGAAAAGAGUUCGGAGGGUUGGGGCUGUGGACUCGGUGCCACAGUCGGCCCAGUGUUCAGGCACUCCUCCCACCUAUACCCUUGCACUGAGGCGGGUGAUGCAGGUGACCUUGGUGCGGACGGGGUCUCCCUGUCAAGGCAAUGUGUUAUUCCAGGACUGGGGCUGGCAAGUGCGGCUGAAGAGGUGGCCUGCGCUGGAGCCGUGCUGCUAUCAUGCUGCAGGGACAUCGUGGCCUGCAGCUGACGAACUGCCAACUCCAGCCCUUCCACUCUUCUCCAGUGCAGUGCAUGUCAUGCACUGCACUGCACUGGAGAAGAGAGUGGAAGGGCUACCCACUGGAUGGAUAGGCAUGAGGGCAGGGGUGGAUGGGGAGGAAGCCAGGAAUCCAGCGGCAACUGGUCCUGGAGAAGGUGGAGGAGGGGCCGAUGGAGAGCGCAUGGGGGUUGAGCGGGUCACAUCCAACCUGGACACCAUUGAUAAAGUUGGGCUUGUUGCCCUCAGCUCCCUGAGCUUCUCCACAAUAAGCCGCUGCUUGGACAGAAGCAUCUGCUCUUUGACCUCCUGCAAGUUUACUAAUCACGGCAGCACAGCAUCGCUCAGUCCAUUUAAAUAAACACUUACUGAUGCUCUUCUGAGUAUUCACCAGCUUUACCGCUUGUCUGUGCUCCGCGGCAUGAACAAACUCGUCCCGCUUCUUGGAGGAGAAGCAGAUCACUCGUUUGAAGUCCUCCCGUCCAGUCUGCAGUGUGGCCUCAAAAUAUCGCCUGCUGUCUUCAUGGGAGACACGGCGUGUAGAUGUCCUGAAACUGUCUCCCAGUCACUCUUCGGUUGCUUCCUUGGACUUGCCAUGUUGCGAUGUGAUCUUGGGGCAGUGGCUUGGGCUACAAAUGUAUGCACAAAAUCCAGAGUUCUCACGAGAGCACAACGCCAGCAAAUUAACCAAUCACAUUGGUGUUUCUGAUAAGGGCGGCCCAAAAGCGUUGCCGUUCUUUCAAAGUGUCUGGAUGGAAAUACUUCACCUCAAUGACGAAAUAAUUUGUAAAAAAACGUUCAUUAUAGGUCAAUUUAUCAACCAGGCCCCCGGGAAUACUGCAUACUUGCGCAAUCCACCAGUGCUCAGCGGCCAAGCCUGGUUGAUUUAACGAACUGUGGACGGGCCCCCCGAUUUCUCGGGGUCCGGAAGUACAUAUCCCCGUUUACUAUAAUCAAAACGGCGAACAGGAAUGCGUCUCUGCAGAGAUAGUUAUUCUGGAUAUCAAUCAAAGGCUUAUAAUUAUCUUUAUACGAUGUACUUAUAAAAUGUACGUUUCCUCUUUUCAAAACGCCGCCUCAAGUGUUGCCUUUUAUUUUGUGCAGAAGAUGGAGCGGUGGGCAGCUGAAAGGAGUCGUAGUGAAACAAAUGGCAUCCGAGAGGGCCCAGUGCCCCUUCCAUUAACCUAACAGUUUUUAGAGAAAUUUCUAAAGAUCUUAAAGGUCGAUGUGGUAUUGCUAUAUAUAUUGCAGGAUUUCAAAAACAAUAUAGAUAUUGUUCUGAAUACCCCUAUGUAUUUGUGUGAUUUGUUAAUUCUGUAAGACAGACGAUAAUGCGCCCUUAACACUAGGUGGGGAUAGUAAUGAGACUGUACUAGCUGAACACCGCUGGCAGCCUGCAAUGGCCAUGACAAAGUAUCCUGGCUCAGUUUGCCGCCUUUGCAUUGCAUGUAGAAUUGCUUACGAUAUUUAGAAAAAGAUUUGCCUACACACGUUUACUUCUUGUGUUCGUUCCAGGCACGGCGUCAGGAUUCCAGUUGUGGGUGGGCCAGACCAAUUGUGGGUGGUCCUUAAAUUAAAAAUGUCAUCAAAUCCCUGUUUAACCUAAUACAAAUGACUGACUAAUAUACUGUUAUAUUAUCUGUGCAUAAUAGAUUUUAAUAGCUUGAUGCUCAUUAAUAUUUUGUUGCAUUGUAAAAGUUAUGUUGCAUAGGACGGACCCAUCCGCGAUCGCUCUCCUUGGAUCUGAACAAAGAGCACUUUUGGAAUCUCAAUUACGCAUCAUGCUUUAGCGCGUCACUUUAUAGACCUAAGGCCUAUAGAUGGACUGUAAAAGUGGUCAGGAAUCGAAUAUUUCCCUCUUAGUUUAGUUCUGCUCGUAUAACCGGCCGACUAUUUCAUAAUUCUGUUGAAUUGUUUAAGUUUUCAACAAUAUUUCGAUAUCGCAACAGACUGACUGAGCUUGGCUUACAAGAACAUGCAUUCAAAUUUAGGCUACUACGAGAUAAUAACUAAUACAAUAGUCUGCCGCCAAUUCACGGUGCUCCUAUUUGCUGUUUUAAUUCGGUUUACACUGGAAAAGACGCGUUCAACUGAACAGGAUGUCAUUGGUAGUGUAAUCAGAGCUUGAAAGCAUAGAUAUUCUGGAAAACGUCCUCAUGGCAUAUGUCCAUCACUUCAAGAAUACUUUUGAGAUGAUCUCUGUUUUUCUUCCUCUCUGAGUUUCACAAACACUGCGAGCUCCGACUCUGAUAUGGUAUAUCUGGAAGCGCUUUCCUGUAUCAUUGAGAGAGUUCGCUUUAGCAGCCAAAGUGGUGUCAUUUUUAUCGAGGCUAGGGGACUUCAGGAUUGCUGCCGAUGCCAUGAGCCCAUAGGUGUCACUGUGGAAUCGGGUGUUGAGUUCAUUAAGCUGGCAGUCUAUUAGCGCGUUGGAAAUGUUGCGCAGGUCACUGUCACUCUCCUCACUCUUGUCGAUUUCCCCAACGUGCAUGUGACGAUACUUCCCUCAAAUCGGCCUGGGAGAUUUCUUGAGCGGGAGGGCAAACUGGGUACAUCCCAGUUCUUGACAUCAUGAUCCUCCGUCAUCUUAUUUGUUGUUGCCAAGAUGUUUAAGAACGCACAGUCACCUGAGCGCAUGUCUGUCAGAUCUUGUUUGAGGUUCUUGUUCAAAUCAAUCGUGUCUGUCACUGAUGCGUUGAUGGACUGGAGGCUAUAAGACGUGAAGUUAAAGGCUAUAUUGCCAAAGCGAAAAAAUAACUUCACAAGGUGUCUUUUUAUAAUUACCAUUCGUAGCGUUGAUUAGCAGAUAAAUAAUAGUCACAAUAGUCUGUUCCCUAAAAAUAGGAUGACAAUUAAAUGUGAAACAGCACAGUGAUGAACUAAAUAUUAUUGUUAAAGCUAAUGUCUCUUACUUCAAAAAUACAAGAACAUCAGUUUCCCGUGCGAAACUGACUUUCCUUGUCUUCUUCUAAGAUGAAACAUAUAGAGUACAAUGAUGUGAGAAUUAUAUUUUUGAAAAACUAAAUUUGAUGGUUUGGUUGACAGACUGGUGUUAUGGAACAGCCUCGCUCGCGCUGCUGACAGCUGCGGUAGGACGGCGGGCAAAACUUGUUGCUGCGCGCAUUUUCAUACUUUCUGUGUAGUCGCUGGGAUGGUAUGUUUUCAGAUGUUGAAAUAAAUUAGUUGUGUGUCCCAAUUAUGCUGGCACCGACCGACGGCAUAAUUUACAUAGACAUUAACCGCAAAACUGCGAUCUGAAUAUUGUUUAUUUCUGCUGUGUGUUUGGCUGUUGGGUAAAUCCAUAUAAGAACUGUUUGUAUUUUAUUUAUUUUAUUAUAUCAAGCAUUUAUGUGUAAUGCUUAUCGUCGUAAUCGACGUUAGUUUUAUCGCGAUUAAUAACCGUAAUCGAGUUAUCGCCCAAUACAUACAUUCAUACAUACACACGUACCAUCCUUCAUUCAUUCACGCCUCUCAACCAAACGCUCAAGGAGAGAGAGGAAACGGUCAAACCGCUCCCUUGACUCCACCUCUCUCCUCUCAUCCGCCUGCCGCUGGUAAAGGAUAUCCUCCCUCACCAGAAGCAGGAAGGGAUCCUCCCUCCCUCUUCUCCCUGCCCCGGCCCCUGCUGCACCCGCUGCUCCUUCCCCUGCGGCUGUCGCUGUGCUGGCUCCUGCUCUCCCUCCCCUCACCUCCUCCACUCUGACCCUAACCUGGCCUGGCCUGGCUGGGAGAGAGCCCACUACCACUGGCGGUGACACGGCUGCUGAGCUGCCAAUGAGCUCGUCCAUUAAGGCAAACCAGCGCCAUGUCCCUGCUGUGGGCCUGCCAUCCUCCGUGCCUUGACCUGAGGCAGGGCACUCGCAAUCCUGACAAUAAAAAUAUGAUAAACAACUAGGCCACUAGCAAUCUAAUAUUUCCCUGUUAUACCUACAACUAGGGCACAGCAAGAAGGCACUUAAUGUCAAAACAAUAUUGCUGUCAUCUUACUCCUCACCUUAUAUUUUGUUUUAAGGUUAUCCCACUCUCUUUUGGCCUGCAGUGGGGUCACCCGGCCUGUCAACUCUAGCUGUUCAAUCAAAGUGCUAAGAACACAAGUCAAUUAUAUAAAUUACAAUUAUAUACGUUCAUUAAAAAUUACAAACAUUGCAAAUGAUCGGUGGUGCAUUUAUUAACAACAUUGGAUCCCAAAAGAGCUUCUCACCGAUAGCCAUUAAUGGCAGCAUCCCGUCCACCUGUAAACAGAUGUUGGUGCGCUUCAUCAAACAUUAUAAAUUGAGUUGCCCUUUUCCCAUCUGACACCCCAGCGGCAUAGUUUUUUAGUGUGGUGACGGCCAAUGCCUCCUCAUCCGAGAUGUGCCACUCCUUCACCUUCGUCUGUUCUCGCAAAAUUACGACUUUGACGGUGUUGGUGUAUAGCUUCUCAUAUGUCCUUUUGUUGAAAGCCAUUUUCUGAAAAUAAUUUUAAUCAAUAUAUCUAUGAUGGCUCUGACUGUAGGAUGCUAAUACACAUGUAACAUUAGCAUGAGAAUGGUCAGGAAAAUGUACUUCUCUGUUGCGGUCAGGAUCACAAUUCUGCACAUGUUCAGCUUGCGUUUUGAGCGGAAACUCACCAGACUUACUCCACCUUACUUUAGCCGCUUGGGAUCUUUUGCUUUUCUUUGGCAUCUCUUCAGCGUGAACUACAGGGAGCGUGAAAAAAGGGAGUGACAAUAGGUAGAGAAGGAGAUUUCUCAAAACAAACCAGUUUGUAGUGAGAUGGUGCUUUCUAUUUCAAAAAUAAAGAUUUUUUUUUUUUUUUUCAAGGGUCUGUUUUUUUCAAAGGGUCUGUUUGUUUCAAGGGUCUGUUUGUUUGUUUGUUUUUCUUGUGCAUUUCCGGAGAAAUUAGAAACCAAUCAAGAUAGCGGUAAAUAAGGUAGAGAGAAAUAGGGUAGAGACAGGUAGAGGAUAGGCAAGCCGUUUUACUGAGCGGUCUCAAAAAAGAGACAACUUAUACUUAGUUAUAAUGAUAAAAGGCAGACAUACACACAAGAAAAUAAUCAGUUAACUAAUGUCAGUUACAAACACUGCCCAGUAUAUAAUAGAGGGACUGCAAUACAAAUGGUUCCUCUGUGCUUAAUAUUAGCCUAUAUUAAUGAGCCCCAGAUAAUUGUAUAUUAGGGUAUUCCUCUCUUAAAUUAAUUUGGAGUAAUUUGGCCCUUUCAAAUGUAAAUAAUGUAAAUAAUAAAUGGAAAGGUAUGGCUGGGACGGUCUUGCCAAUCACUGCAUCCCACAUGGCCUGUGGAAUGACGUGUUCGUUGUCACUGGGGUCCAGGACCUCCAUGUCCCCGUCUGGGAGGGUCCUGUACCCCAUGACCUGGACCUCCUUGUCUCCAUUGAUAACCUACAGGAAAUUAAUAUAUUAGUUUUUGCUUGGACGCGCCUGUUGGAUGCAGAGUAAAAAAGUUACACCUAAAUGCUUUACAAUCAAUACAAUGUAUAGCCUAUUGUCAUUUACUCACUUCCACUGAAGUGUGCCCUGUCGAGUGGAGGCUCAGUCCCCAGCUGCUCCUUUUGGCCCGCACAUGGGUAACUCUUAUAAGGAGGCCAACCUCUAACAGUGUGAGGUUGGCCUCCCUCCAGAGUACCAAUUCCACCUCUGUAUCCCCCUACCACAAUAAAACAGGCUACGUAAGCAGUGCUUAUUAAAGGCCGACACGGAUUUUAACUUUUACUUCACCUGCUGAAAAGAUAUGCAAUUGUAUAAAAGGAGCUAUCAAAAUGAGUAAUUUAACAAAGUGACUACUGAGCACACUGUACGAUCAAUUCCUUACAUCUUUCAGCACCACGGCCCUUCGAGGCACUGGCGGGCCACCGGCCGCUGUUUGCGGGUGGAACGCACCUAGCUAAAUGGGAAAAUGGCAUUACUACCACACAACUCAGAGCUUUCUAUCUGAGCGAUGACAGUAAAACAAAGUUUCAUGCCUGAUAAGCGGUAUGAUUUUUAAGUAUAGAUUUUUCUUUUCUAAACUUUAUUCCAAUAUAGGUCACCUUUAUCCAAUACCAUUGUAAGAUGUUUAAUGACUGAUUCCAAUGUAAGCUAUAGAAAAUAAUGUCACAGAGAAAGUGGUUUUAGUAUUUUGUGUUUGUUUUUAUAGAAUUGCUGCAACCAUUAUAAGAGAGGGUUUCUGCAAACUGCCAGUCAAGGGGUUAAAUUUGAAUUAUAAUUCAACAUUUUUAAUUAUAAUUUAAUUCAAAUUAAAUUAUAACUUACUUCUUUGACCCAGGCCUGGACAGUCAGCAGCGUCGUCUCCUCGACCUCUGCCAUCUCCCGCAGAGGGACGAGCAUCGACUCGGGACAUAUUAAGUCCCGAGCCUCUGCCUCCAGGUGGGCGAGGACUUGGACCGCGGCAGCGAUAUAGGCCACGGUCUGAUGCCUUGUCAGCAUUGUUCUAAUAUCCCCGUAAUUGCUCCACCCAAAAAAUUUUAUCCUAUAAGACUUCCCCUCCUCUAUUCCCUUAGCCAAUUCAUCAAACAUUAUACAUUUAGUUGCCCUCUUCCCAUCUGACACCCCAGCGGCAUAGUUUCUCAGUGUGUGGACGGCCAAUGCCUCCUCAUCCGAGAUGUUCCACUCCUUCACCUUUAUCCUCUCUUGCAAAAUCACCACUUUGAAGGUGUCGGUGUAUAGCUUCUCUGUCCUUUUGUUGAAAGCCAUUUUCUGAAAAUACAUACAAGAGAAAAAAAAGUUUUUAGAGGCAAGUUUAAUAUUCAAGCUAAGAUUAAAUAAGUAAAAGCACACCCUAGUAGCAUAUAAAGUUACGUGUAAAGAACGACCCAGAUAAUAAAGAUAUCACGUUGUUGUCCCCUCCUGCCAACAGAGGGCGCCACCCUCUUUUCGCGUUUAUUUAAGAGGUGAAAUUAUGCUGUUACAGAAGUUCCGGAGUUACUGCUGCAGACAGUGCAUGCAUGCUGCAUGGGAGCACUACUGUCUUAUCCAACGGCCCUUUUAACGUCCAUGGCAAGCAGCUGUGUUCAGUAUUUUAAGUGACUCCUGAAGUUAGUUUAUUCGCUCUGUGCUUACAAUUCCAAACAACGGUUGGUAAAGGCUACUGUUAACAUUAGCAUAGAUAAGACUAGCUCCGUUGAAGUAGGCCAGUUAGACCUCCCCCGUCCACGAGGUAGACGCUAACGGAGCAUAGCAUGUGGCGCAUUCAGCAAAGAUAACUAAGGUAAGAUAUAUAUAUAUUUUAAUUAUUAUUUUUAAAUGCACAAAUCUUUUCUACUCCAUUUAAGGUGUUCAUUUAUGACCAUUACCAUCAAACUUAAAUUAAUAGCCAGGGUUACUUUAUUUGUUUCAAUCGCUGAAAAUUCUUGCUCAGCAAAGAUGGUGAAUACUAUCACAUUUAUUAUUUGAACCAGUAUGAAUAUUACCGUACAUGCAUUAACAUUAACCAAUAACCAGCGCAUCAUUCGAAUAAUGCGCGCAAACUUUCCGGUGGCCGAGUGGUAUAACUGCGUUUGGUCAGAAAGACGUAACCGCUGUGACAACAGCAGACUGGCUUUGGUCUGCUGAUGCCAUGGAUGGACUUCCCGCGUGCCGUGUUUUCCCGCCGAUGUUUUAUGGUUAUGCUGUUGACGGCUUAAAUAAAUGGACUUUAUAAAUUGAGCAGUGAACACAAACUAAGAACUUCUGACAUAUCUCUCGACUUGUACCUAGAAUUUGAAUAUCUAUUUCUCUCAGUAAUAAUUGGUUGUUACCACAACAACUCUUCAUAGUGUGGGUGGGGGUGAAAGAGGAUGGAGUUUCCAUGGAUGGAAUUUGCGCGUGCUGUGUUUUCCCGCCGAUGUGGUAUGGUUAUGCUGUUGAGAGCUUAAAUAAAUGGACUUUAUAAAUUGACUACGAACAAUUAUUGAAGUUUAACACUUUGUUCAGCAAACUUGACCACUGACGGCUUGAACUUUAGGUUGUACUUUUUUUUCUCAGACUCUGCUCUUGUUUGUUUGUUUUUUACGGGUAAACUAAUCUGACGUGACUGCGCAAACUUUGGCCUACUGAUUUUAUGUUUGAAUGUUCCGCCGCCGUUCACAACAUUUACUUUGCGAAUAUCAUUUUCGUUUGGUUUUAUUAUAUCAAUUAAAUACUUUCGAGUGUUUUUAAAGUAGAUUAUCGAAAUAAACUCUGUAUAAAGACAGGUUAAUAUGUGUCAGUUACUUUAUCUGUCGUCUUUUAUCUGUCUUUUCUUCCGUGGAAUGAUGCUCAUGACGUCUGGGCUCGUAUUUAAGGCCUGUCACGGCACGACAUGUCCAUCAUCUCUCCUGUAUACACCGACAGCCCGUCUGAACUAACUAAUGAAAUACCGAUUUUGUUAGCCAGGUUCUUUGAAGCAUUUGUCUGAAUCUAACACAUCUUUCUAUACAUGUCUUUAUUACUUGUGGGUGUAAAAUAAAUUCCUUAUCUUUGUUCUUUUUGUCAAGCAAUGUGAGAUCAACAAUAGGAUCAGGAGGUAUCCAUGGAUGUAUUGCAGCCCCAGCUGUUGUGAUUUACCGCUAAUGAGCACCUCAACGCCGCCCCCUUUGUGAUGUCAGUACUGACCAUAUGCCCACUAAAGCUAACCCUAUUCCUAAUAUCGCAACAGCCACGCACAGGGCAGGCGUCUCUCCCUAGUCGUGCGUCUGAACACGCUGUAAAUCGAGACCUGUUAGCCACGUUUGGUGCUGGCGUUACCAGCUGUUUGUUUCUCUCUACUGGACGCGAGCAGAAAGCUAAAUCGGUCGAGCAGACAGCCUGAGUAGACAUGACAGAGUUCAGCGUGACAGUGGAGCAGCUCAAUGAUUUGUUAACGGAUGAGAGGGGGUUUUAUUGCUGGCCAACGAAACCCGUGGACGAGGUCUGCACUGGGAUUUACGUCGGCAACGAGUCUGCGGCCAUGAACGUGGCGUGUCUGCAGCGCCUGGGCAUCACUCACGUGCUCAACGCUGCCGAGGGAGACUCCCUCAUGCACGUCAACACCAACGCAGAGUUCUACGCCGGCACCGCCAUCACCUACCACGGCGUGGCGGCCAGCGACACCGACCACUUCGACCUCAGCCCUUUCUUUGAGGAGGCGGCGGACUUCAUGGCGAGAGCCUUGGCGCACAACGACGGAAAAGGCAAGGUGUUGGUCCACUGCAGGGAGGGCUACAGCCGCUCGCCCGCCCUGGUCAUCGCCUUCCUCAUGCUGCGCCGGCGCCUCGACGUCCACUCCGCCCUGGCAACCGUGCGCCACCAGAGGGAGAUCGGCCCCAACGACGGCUUCCUGCGACAGCUCUGUCGGCUCAACCAGAGGCUGCUUGCCACGGGCACGUCCUGAAGAGAUUGGCGUAUGUCGCAGGAAGUGGAAGUCGCUCAGGGACAGAUACAUGAGACACCAAAAGAGGGAAAAAGAGGGAAAAAAGAGCGUGUCAGCGGCAGGGACAGUGAAGAGAUGGAAAUUCGCUGGGGUCCUGUCCUUCCUCGACCCCUUUGUCACCCCGAGGGAGACCAGCAGCAACUUACCUCGGGGGGCAGAGGAGGUAGAGGAGGACGGGGCUCCAGAUACUUCACUGUCAGGGGCAGGAGAAGAUGAGGAGCUUGAGGAGGCAGCAGCAGGGCCAUCGCACAUGGACGCUGCUCCUGCUCCUGCUCCUGCUCCUGCUCCUGCUCCUGCUCCUGCCCCUGCCCCUGCCCCUGCCCCUGCCCCUGCCCCU